AUGACGGGCUUCGACGACCGCCAAACCCAAACCACCAGUCCAUUGAGUUUGAAUGCUAAUAUUGCGGCCAAAUCCUCGCGGUUCAGGUCUGACGACCCCAGGAGCAAACCUCCAUGCUCAGGCACGCAAGACCAUGAACUCACGAGAUAUCUGAAGGUGCAACUACUCGAUUGUUGCCGGUAACCCCCUCACAACUUUGGUUUACGGAGCUAUCAUCUAUGGAACUGACUUGGCAAAAGUUAGCAGAGGGAAAAAGGGAACCACCAUUGUUGCUAGUUCAAGAAGAUGGGCCGACAGUUCCCCUCUACUCCGCGAUAUCAGCAUCCAAGAUCGAGGGAUUCAGGACUAG